AUGAUGAACAGGAUUCUCUUUGCUUGCCUGUUUCUCGCUCUGUCCACUGAAGGCUCCUCGCUAAGCUGCAGAUGGAUGGAUCAUAAAUUCAGACAGCACAACGAAGAAACUCUGAAUCUACUUGAUACCAUGGCUAAAAACGCCACCAACACCAGUGAAGUGGAGGUCACCGUGGCCUUCCCUAAUCACCUGUACCGCCAGGUGUCCAAAUCAUCAGCUGAGGAUAAACUGGCUUUCACAGUUCAGAUUCUGGAGGAGGUGGCUGCCCUGUUUGAGGAGGAUCACAGCUCUGCAUCAUGGGAGGACAGCACAGUGAGGAACUUUCUCAAUAUUGUCAACAAACAGGCUGAAGAGCUUCACUCCUGUAUUGGGAGCCACGGUCACAAGAAGAAAACCACAAAGCUGCACAUGUACUUUAAGAGACUCUCACAUCAUAUCCUAAAGGAAAUGGGUCACAGUGCUGAAGCCUGGGAGGUGAUCAGGCAAGAAACCAAAGCCCAUCUAAUGAGAGCAGAACAGCUGGCUUCAUCUUUGCACACUGCCCACUAA